CCAGCCCUCAGAGCUGCAAGGAGCUUUCCAAGUGUGCUGCUACACCAGAAACAGCUUAUCUACAGUGGAGUUAAAAGCAUUUCUUCCAAUAUCAUGGAUACUCGAAGGGUUUGUCUGAUGUUCUGCCUUCUCCUGCUGGCACACUGCACACUCCAGCAGACCUCCUCAAAGAAAAGAAACAGCAAGAAAGACUCCGCAAACAGUGCUGCGAUCGAGGAGCUGAAGAAACAGAUCACUGAAAUUGUUCAAGAGCUGAAUUUGGUGAAAGAGCAGCAGGCUUUACAGACAGUUUGUCUGCGAGGCACCAAAAUCCAGGGCAAGUGUUUCCUGUCUGACCCGGUGAAGAAGAGCUUCCAUGCAGCCAGCGAAGACUGCUUCUCCAAGGGAGGCAGUCUGAGCACUCCUCUGACAGGAGACGAGAACGAGCAGCUCUACCAGUACGUACGUCAGAGCAUUGGCCCCGAGGAGCCCAUCUGGCUGGGCGUCAAUGACAUGGUGACCGAGGGCCAGUGGUUGGACCAAUCAGGCUCCAGCGUGCGCUUCAAGAACUGGGAGACAGAGAUCACCCUGCAGCCGGACGGAGGGCGCAGCCAGAACUGUGGCCUCCUCUCCACCACGGCACACGGGAAGUGGUUUGAUGAGAGCUGCCGAGCUGAAAAGGCUUCUGUGUGCGAGUUCAACAUCGUCUGAGGGGCUGCUGUCUACUUUAAUAUCUCAUCUGUGCAGAUCAACAUGUGUGUGAAGAAGAUCAAAUGCUGCGCGCAUAAAUAAAUAAAACAAGUAUCAGGUAGCCUACAUUAUGCCAUUGAAAAGUAAAGUGCUGCAUUUUCUUCUUCUUCACACAGUGGUCUGGGAUACCAACCCAGUCUCACAAAAAAACGUGUAAUAACUACGUUGGUCCACAACGUAGGACGUAGUAUAUCUACAA